AUGAAGUUCUCUGUGUCUGCCCUCCUCGUGGGGCUCGUGGCCUCUGUUCAUGCUGAUGGUAAUGUCGAACGCAUUCCUGAUAGCGAGUGGGAUCACAUCCUCCAUGGCUCCGACAUUCUGAGCCAGCGAUCGACCGAGACCGCCAAGACUGAUGGUUACCUGGCGGACUACACUCUGCGCUCGAGAAUUGUCGACCCCUCUGCGCUCAAGGUCGAUACCGUCAAGCAGCUAAGCGGCUACAUUGACGAUGAUGCCAAUGACAAGCACCUGUUCUUCUGGUUCUUUGAGUCUCGCAAUAAUCCCGCCAAGGACCCUGUCGUCCUCUGGCUCAACGGUGGCCCUGGCUGCUCCUCCAUGAACGGCCUCUUCACCGAGCUCGGCCCUGCCACUAUCCCGCGCUCCGACUUGAAGCCCGUAAGGAACAACUACUCGUGGAACAACAAUGCCUCGGUCAUCUUUGUCGACCAGCCCGUCAACACGGGCUUCUCCUACAGCGGCACCAGCGUGGGCACCAGCGUCGCCAGCGCCAAGGACCUCUACUCGCUGCUCACCUUCUUCUUCAAGCAGUACCCCCAGUACGCCACGCAGGACUUUCACAUCUCGGGCGAGUCCUAUGCCGGCCACUACAUUCCCGUGACAGCCGCCGAGAUCCUGUCCCACGCCGACCGCAACAUCAACCUCAAGUCUAUCCUGGUGGGCAACGGCAUGACCGAGCCUCUUACUCAGUACGACUACUACCGCCCCAUGGCCUGUGGCCAGGGGGGUUACAAUGCUGUCUUGGGUCAGUCAGAUUGUCGCACCAUGGACAAUGCGCUGCCAGAGUGUAAGAGACGCAUCAAGAGCUGCUACGACACCGAGAACGCUUCCACCUGCCAGAGUGCUACAAACUACUGCAACAACAACGUUCUCAGCGUCUACAGCCGUUCUGGUAAAGACGUGUAUGACAUUCGCAAGAACAACGGCGAGGGAACGCCCGAAUACAGCACCCAGUUCCUCAACAGCAACACCACCAGAAAGGCCAUUGGUGCCGAGCGCAAAUGGACCUUGUGCGACGGCAGCGUCUACCAAGCCUUUUCCAACACUGGUGACUGGAUGAAGCCCAUUUACCGUGUUGUGCCCGGCCUGCUGGCCAAGAUUCCCGUCCUCAUCUACGCCGGUGAUGCCGACUACAUUUGCAACUGGCUCGGCAACCGCGCCUGGGCAAAGGCCCUCGAGUGGCCCGGCAAGGCCGCAUUCAAUCAGGCUUCGGUCCAGCCCCUGAAGCUCGGCGGCAGCGGCAAGGAGUACGGAAAGGUUACUCACUCUGGAAACUUUAACUUUAUGCAAAUCUAUGGCGCUGGCCACAUGGUGCCCGAGGAUCAGCCCGUCUCGUCCCUGGACUUCUUCAACCGCUGGAUCUGGGGUGAGUGGAAGAACUAA